AGUUUUCAGUUUCAACAACUUAUUAUGAAAGAAGAAGAUUAUCGUUGACCAGUUACGUCCUCUUUGACCAGAACGCGACAAUACAUCUCGGUGCCGUUCAGUCUUUUUUUGGAACUUAUAUUUGACUGUUGCCAAAUAGUGUGUAUACAAACAGUAUUCGUGAAAUGACGCGUUGUUUACAGAGCAGGUGGCAAUUGGAAUAUAAUUAAUCUUAUAUUUUGUUGAGAAAGUUCGGCCAUUACGACUCGGUAAGCGAGUCAACCUAACUUUAUGCGAUUCACUUCAGUUGUGAAAUCGCUGACGUUAGACGACUAGGUCGCCCAGAACUAGGUACUAGCCUAUAGCCUAGUAGGCUAAGUGGGCAUACCUAACUGCCCUAUCCUAGCCCAAAGCCAGGCCUACCAGCCUAUGCUGUGAAUUAAUCAAGGAGAUGUUUCAUGACUGGUUAUACCGAACUUUAUUGUGAAAAAUGUCUGACAGUGACGAUGAUAGGCCUAUACCAUCCAUGGUGUCUGCUGAUAGUUCUGAUGAUGAUGGCCCCAGUACAAGUUGGGGCUUGAAGCGAAGGAGUAAGUGCGCAAUAAUAUCAGAUUCAGAGAAUGAUGACGAUGAUGACGACGACGAUGACUUAGAAGAGGAAGUAGUUAAAGAUGGUGAAUCUGGUGACUCGGACAGUAGUGAUAGCACCCCAGGGGCCAAGACAUGUGCCAUUUGCCUGGGACGUAUGCGAGGAGAAGUGGGAUCUCCAGAUGCAUGUGAACAUACUUUUUGUAAAUUUUGCCUGCUGGAAUGGGCAAAGAACAAUGCCACUUGUCCACAAGACCGUAUACCAUUUACCUCAGUAUUGGUCCGAAAAGUGUUAGGUGGCCCCAUCUGCAAAGAAGUUCCAAUUCCAAAAGGCCCAGCACCAGAUGUGUAUGAAUUUGUUGAAACAGAGAACCCAACUUAUUGUGAAGUUUGUAACCAGUGUAAUCGAGAAGACCGUUUACUGUUGUGCGAUGGGUGUGAUCUAGGCUAUCAUUUAGAAUGCCUAAAUCCUCCUCUUACACAGGUUCCUGUGGAGGAAUGGUUUUGUCCUGUAUGUGUUGCAGUUGAUGUUCCUGAAACAUUGUCACAUAGAUUAUCAUCCAGUAGCAGACGUUCAGAACGAACACGAAGAUCAUCAUCAAGAUCAGGGAAUACUCACCUGGAUCAGCAGGAGCUACGUAUUCCUCGAACCAGAGCCACUGAAAGGAUCCGGGAGCAGAUCCAGAAAAAGAAGAGGAGGAAGCGCAGGAAACAAAGAGGACGCAAAAAAGCAAAAAUUUCUUCUGGAGAGUUAGAGGACACAAGACCACCAGUAUCACAAUUAGAACGGUUCAGAUUUUUCAUUGAAGAAGAUAAUGAUAUUGAUGCAGAACACACGGUAGAUAGAUAUGCUGAUAAGCUAUUGGCGGGAGCAACACACAAAUCUGCUCGUUUACCAGCCCAGCGAAAGGCAGAAGCAGCACGUCACCUUCGCGAUGUUGCUUUCAUUCCGCAUACUUCCUACUCAGGACGAGUGAAGAACAGAGUUCUGGAGAUUGUUAACAUACAUUCAGAAGAAACAGAUAAUGAUUUGCUUAGUGGCAUCUUAGAAAACCAGACAAUUGCUUUUUCAUCUUCCAAGAAACUUCUAUUAACAAAUGAUAGGAAAUUAAUAAAGCAACCUGAUGCUAAUAUUUCAUGUAAUGUAUUUCAAGAAACUGAUUCACUCUUGUUGGAGCCUCUGCCAUCUCAAAGAAAAUCACCAGAGAAAGAAAGUUUAGCAUCCUGUUCUAAUGAGGGUUCAAGUUCAGAGCCUUGCAAGGAAUUACACAAGAAAGAAGAUUCAGAUGGAGAUAAACAAUCUUCUUCCUCAGAAAGACAAAGAUCACCAACUAGGGCAUUGCAUCACUCUUCAAGUUAUAAAGAGAAACAUGGCUGUAGUUAUGAGGACAAGCAUAGUUACAAAAGGGCAAGUGAUUGGCAUAAAAAGGAUGAUCAUAACAAAUAUACGCAUAACCAUUCCAGAUAUUCUCAUCAUGACAGACAUCAUUCAUCACGGGGAAACAGCAGUCAUUAUGAACCAUCAUGUUCUUAUAACAGUAAGGAUAAAAGCUAUGUAUCAUCUAGAUGGAAGGAAAAGAGGGAUCAUAGAGGUUAUCACAGUAAGCGUGAAAGCUAUGAAAAAUAUCAUAGUAGAGAUCGAUCUCCUCACAGAAGGAAUAGAUCUCCUGAAAGAGAAAACAGAAGAGAGAGAAGAUCACCAUCCUCUUCGAUAUAUAAAUCUCAUGAUCGGAAGUCUCAUAUUUCAAGAUCUCAUAACCUACAUGCAAGGUCCAAAGGGGAGUCCAGUCAUUCUUUAGGUAGAUCUCAGUGGAGUUUUGGUUAUUUCAAUUCUAAUGACAGUAUUAUAACCAAGAACAAUUGUAUGGUAUAUAAAAACAACCCAAUAACAUCAGGUACUGAAGUCCAGAAUAAUUCCAAAAAUAUUCAAGAUAAAUCAUUUUCAAAAGAAAGUACCAUGUCCAGAAAUUUGGAAACCUUUGUACAUGAGAAUGGCUGCCACUCUUCAGUGGAUAAUCUUGAGCAACAGAAUCCGUCUCAAGGCAUAACUUGUCAUGGGGUAAGUGAUGCAGUUGAAGGUCAGCGGCAAGAAGAAUCUUUAAGUGAUGUGAAUGAUGUUUCUGUCAGCAUACUUGGACAUUGUCUUAAUAAUGAAGGGGAACCUAAUAGUGAAGUAGAGCUGGAUAAAAAUUGCAAAGAAAUAGUGCAAAAGGAAAAUUCCUGUAGUGGAAGUAUGAUGGUCCCAGAAGAUGAUAAACAAGACCAAAAAAAAAAUAUUAUUAAUAAAAUACCUGAUAAGGAUGAUUACGAAAGGACUGGGAAGAGUUCUAUAAAAUUACCUGUAUUUAAGAAAACCAAAAUGUCAGCAUUGUUUGGGGAGUUUGAAUAUGGAACAACCACCAACUUGGAAACGAAGGAAUGUAAAGUACAUACUGAAUAUGAUGGAGAUCUUGAGGAGGAGAGAGUCAAGUAUUCAAAAACUUCAAAGAAAUCUAAGACAGAAUUAUUGUUUGGUAAUGACAGUGAUAGUAACUCAAAUCCUGAUGAAGUAUUGGAUUAUAGACAUGAAAUUGUAAAGAAUAAAUCUGGUAAAACCAACCCUAAAGGCACAGGUAAUAAUGGAGGUAAUUCUAGUCAUCAUAAGAACGUGAAAAGUGCUAUCAGUGAACAUGAGGCAGAAGAAUAUGACCCAGUAUGUGGAAGCAUGUACCAUUCAUUUACAAUCAAUGAAACAGAAAUUAAGAUUAAAAAAUCUCAAGAAAAUAACAAAGUCAUUAUAGGUUGUGCUGAUGUCAAUAAACUUCCUACAGCUACAGCUCCUACUGAAAAAGAUUUUGAAGGUAAGGACAGAGUUUCUUGGACAAAACAUGUUUCAGAAGAAAAGGAAUUAAAAAUGGAAGGUGAUUCACAAACAAAGCAUAGUAUUAAGAAAUUAGAAGUGGAAGAAAUGGAAAAAUUUGAUAAAAGAAGAAAUGAACAUUUUUCUAGAAACAAUAAUGGAAAGGACAAGGAAAGGGAACAAAAAAAUCAUAUAAUAGGCAGGAAGGCAUUGGAAAAUGGAGCAGAGGGUGAUAAAUAUGUAAGCAGAAGGGAAUCCUAUUCGGCCAGUCAUGAGAAAUUUGGUAUAAGUGAAAAGGAAUUAAAUCCCAUUUUGGGUGGAAAGCAUACUACAAAAGAAAGGAAGUUGAAAGCUAGUGAUAAUGAUAACUAUGUAAAUGCUAAAAAGGAAUCAAAGUCAGAUUUACAUAAAAAGCAUCAUACAAAUAGCAAGGAGUCAGAAAGCCAAAAUCAUGUAAACCAGAGAAUUAGAUCCGAUUCUUACUUGAGUGAAAUUCAGAGCAGUAAAGGGAAAGAUUCAGAUUUAUGUGGAAAAGUUCCUUCGAAGGGUAAAGAAGAAACAUUGUUAAAAUAUAAUAGUAAUGAAGAGGAAUUAGAUGCUGUGAAGAAACUUCCUAUGAAGGAAAGGGAACUGAGUGAAAGCCUUGAUGAAAAGGUGAAAGUAAAGAUUCCUGAAAAAUAUAAACAAACACUAUCUCAGUUGGAAAACCUUAUAAGCAAAGAUAAUGGGACAGACUUUUGGGAAAUGCCCACAUUUGGGAAUGAUUAUGUUAUCAAAGUGGACAAUUCAAAGAAUAAUGGGGUUGGUAGAAAGUCUUCAUCCAAAGGCUCAUUAUUAUUUGAAAAGAAAAAUGAAGAAAAGGGUGAUUGUAGUGCUGUUAAGGAAAGUGAAAAAACAGAUAACGGUUUGUUAUCAAAAUGCACAGAUGCGAAACUGGAAAUUGACGGGACUGCAGACUUUGUAUUGAAAAUUGAUAAGAAAAAAAUGAAGGCAAGACAGGAUUUCGGUAAAGAUAAAAAGCAAAAGGAUGGUCAUAUAUUAAAUGAUCUAUUUGGUGAUAUUGAAGAUAUUGGAAGCUCUUCAUGUUCCAAUUUACCAGAGACAGCAAUUGAAGACCAACCACAAAGUGCUAGGUUUAAUGCCUGUCCCAAAGAGUCUGUAAAGGAUGGAAAAAUGCAUAUUUCAUUUGAAGGGAAAAUUAUGAAGCCAAAGGGCUUUCAUGGAGAUGUCACUCUUGGAGGCUGUGAUAGUGUGGUUUCGAUGAUGGAUGGAAAACACACUGAUAAUGAGGCUGAUGGAAAAGGGUUAGCAAUGUUUAGAUGUACCCCAGUUUCAAAAGAUAAAGCAAAUUCAGCAGUAAGGAAUGAUGCUGGUUCCCGGAUUAAACAACAAAAGGCACUACUAGAGGCUCGAGUUGUAGAAGAGGUAAAAAAGUCCUUGGAUCCAUUUUAUCGCAGCAAAUCAAUUACCAAAGAUGAAUACAAACAGAUAGUUGCUAAAUGUGUCAAGAAGGUAGUUAAGGCUGAGUGUGGAGAUGUCAUCGAACCAGAGAAGAUGCAUACUUUAGUUCUAGGAUACAUAAAAGUAUACAAACAUCGACAAAUGAAAUUACAUGUGUAACACUCAAAUCCGUUCCGAUUGUCUCUGUAAAGUAAAUUUUACACAUUUUUAAAGUUGUUUCUGGAUUGUUUACUGCAUUGUAAAUACAUUAAACAAUACAAAACGGG